UGUAGUGUGCAUGUGUGUGUGUGUAUAUACGUCUGGCUAGUGGGUAGGCUACGGUGUCGAAGCUAACCACAGUACAGUAGCAUGAGCAGCGUGGGCGGCAGGGAUAGUAGGAACGAAGAGUUGCUUAGAGCACCGUUCACCACUGAAAACGCCAACCGAAUUGCUCAGAAAAUUACAUCAUGGAGGUUACUAGCUCCUUUUCUCGGUCUCGACAAGGGGGACGAGGCGGAGAUUAGCGAGGAAGGGUCGCUAGGAGAGCAGAGGAUAAAAAUGAUGCAAGUUUGGCUCAGCAGACACGGGAAAGACGCCACUUACCUGAAUUUUGUGAGAGGCUGUGAGGAAGCCGGGAGGCGAGACCUCGUGGACACAGUGUAUUCCCUAGUCCAACAACACUCGUCUAUUCCUCUUACAGUCAGUUUAGAUUGUGGCAGUUUGGCAAGAUUGGGUAAGUUGACAAGGAAUGUGAUUGUCUUAUGGGAUGCAUAAGCUGCAUAUUGUGCCUAGUUUGUGUUUGUGUGUGUUCAACGUAGAAUGCGUUACUAACAAGCAUACAUUUACCAGGUGUUCCACUAAGAUGCUAGAGUUAUGUUACUAUUGUCACAGGCAGGGCACCCACCCUCCUUGAGCUGUGUCUCUUCACUGGCAGAAGUGGGACCAGGUACAGAGUGAUGGAGAGGUUAGCUCCAUUCUGGGAGCAACUGGCACUGGCUCUCAAUUUCGAGCCCUACGUCACCGAGACUGUUAAGAGAAGUUCAAUGUUUCAGGUAUCAUUCAAGUGGGCCGUAUGGUGCCAGUGCUUUGUGGCUAAUGUAUAGAAGCUUUUCUCGUCUGUGCAAAUAAUAUUUGCUGUGUGUCACGGUGCAUGUGUAGACCACAAAAUGCUAGCUUACAAAGAAAAUUAGGAGAACGAAAUUAACCGAUUAUAUUGUAUAUUGCCAUAGUCUAGAUGAUGUACUGAGAGAAAUAGCAAAUCAUUUAGGCUCGAAAAUUGGGCCUGUCUUUGUCAAAAAUGGAAAAGGAAUGUGUAGGUAAGGUUGUCCGACUGGAGAAAGUGUUAAUAAGAGUUAGACUAUUGCUCCAGUGGUGUCUAAAUACCUAGUCUAACUCCCACAGGGAGGCUUCCUUGAAUGGGUACAGAUGUAUGUAUGUAUACAUCGUGUUUCUCUGUUUCCUCUCUCAUCUCCAGAUAAACGAUUGCUGUCGAGCCAUCAUGCAAAAGUGGUUACAAGGGUAUCAGUCUGCUGUGGGACCAGUUACGUGGGAGACGCUCCUCUCUGCUAUGGCUGAGGUAGAAGAUCUCGCUGUUCUUACUGCUGAGCUUCGCGCCGAAAUGUGAUUACCACAGUCGUCAAGUCGAAACUUACGACAUAGUGUAGUUUGAUCAGUCAGUCUAUAUCAUGAACACAUCUGCCGCAUUAUGUAUAUCACAGUCAUCAUUGUGGAAUAUAAUUCGUGGAAAUAUUAUGGGUGUGUGUAUCAGAUCAUCCAUCCGCCCAUGACGACCCGGAAGAACUC